AUGUCAGGGAGCUUUAUCCUUAGUUCUGCGCAGCAAGAUGAGGCUUUUCAUCGCAUCUGGUACGCUCUCAAGAGGUGGCGACUUGUCUUCCAAUGGAUUGUCCUCUUCUUAACGACGGCUUGUUCGUCAAUCAAUCAGAGAUGCUUUACUCAAUGAAUUCACGAUCCUUUUAUUGUGAUUAUUUAACAAUUUUAGUAACAAUGUUCCACGAAUCACAUUGACGAGAUUUUAGCCGAUGAUCCAACGAUCCUAGUUGCUUAAUCCUUCACCAACAAUAUGUAGGAAAGUCGCGAUAAUCAGAUAAAAAAUAUGAGUUUUGGCUCUAGGAGGAUUCAAACCCGUGCUAGUUGCUUGCCCUUUCUAGGGAAGGUGUGACGUGGAUUUAGUCUCACAUCGUUUGUGUGCUGAAGUUUUUAGUGAAUAUAUAGUAAUAUUAUAUUUUUGAUCAAGUCCCUUUCUCGUGUGUGUACGACCACUCCUUGCCCCAUAGCCAACUAGCCAUUGGUGACGUGGAAGGGGAGUGGCACACACGUGCCCCUAUCAGUCUUAGCCGCUCAAUCCCUUAUUAGCAACUCCUCCUUGACUGCACUUCUAACCUGCUUGCGGGCCUAGCUAGGUGAUGAGUCCCCUCGAUUUUAUUAUAUUUAUAUUUUUAUUUCUUUUUUUAUUUAUCUCAAAAGUAAGAUUGUAAAAAGUAUAUAAAUUCGUAUAAAAUCACAUAAUUACCCAAAAAAUUAUGUUAAUCAAUUAAAAAUCACUUUUCAUAUUUUAAUGUAAAUAUAAGUUUAUUUAUCCUGAGUUAAGGCUAAAACUAUAUUAUUUAUUAAUUAUUAACUCAUGAUAAUGAAGACUUAUUUGCCAAACUUAUAAGUUACUCAUUUACAAUUCACUACAAAGAAAGACACCAAAAUUUAGUAACGGAUGUAUUGUCUCAGCUACCAGUUGAGGAGGAGGUGGUGUUUUGUGUCAUAUCUAUUUCUUCAUAGUUAGGCUUAUAGAUAGUGUGGCAAGAUGUCCACGUUAACUCUAAUCGGCCAAAGUUAUCUAGGAGGUCAAAGGAAGAGUUUCUAAGAAUCAAUAGUAUACAUUUUGCAAUGACUUGUUGAGAUUCAAGAGUCAAUUGGCUUUACCCCACUCAUCCAUAGUUGUCCAAAAACUAUUCAAGGAAUUUCAUGGCCAAGCAUUAGGGGGGCACGAUGGGUUUCUGAAGACCUACCGUCACAUCUCAAAACAAUUUUAUUUGUUAGGGAUGAAAGGCAACAUUAAGUUGCAUAUCAACCAAUGCUCCACCUACCUCUAUUUCAAGUCCAAUUACCUCACUUCGACAAGUCUUCUUCAAUCAUUACUCGUCUCAAACUGCAUAUGGGAAGAUAUAUCUAUGAACUUCAUUAAAUGUCUUUUGAAUCUAGGAGAUUUGACUCGAUCCUAAUGGUUGUGAACCAUCUUAACAAGUACAAUCAUUUCUCUCUCCUAAAGUACCCAUUUUUAACAGUAGACAUGAUAGUCAUCUUCAUUCAAGACAUUGUGCACUUGUAUGAUUUUUCAUUAUCCAUUGUCACUGAUGAAGGGAGUGUCUUUAGCAAUGCAUUAUGGAGGGAGUUACACUUGCUACAAGGGACCUUGCUCAUUAUGAGUUAUGCAUAUCACUCAAAGACAAACGACUAAAUGAAAGUUGUCAAUUGGUGGAGCCUAGAGAGCUAUCUACAUUGCUUUGUAGGGGACAGAUUGACAAGUUAGAGCGAGCAUCUAAAUUAGGCUGAGUUGAGUUAUAACAUGUUGUUCCAUCAAAUGAUUAAGAUAUCGUCAUUUCAUAUAUUGUAUGAGAGAGAGUCCUAACCAUCAACCACUAUAGGUCAACUACGUCCCCCUUAGAUGUGCAAUUUAAAGUUGAUGAUUGGAUAAAGACAUUGCCCCAAAAGUAGAAUGAGAAGCUAAGCUUGAAGUACUUUAGACCCUAUUAGAUCACUAAGCAAAUAGGACUAAUGGCUUAUUGGUUUGACUUACCCACUCAUGCUUUGAUUCAUUAUGUCUUUCAUAUUUCACAGCUCAGGCAUGCUCUAGUGAAGAAUUAUUUGUCCAUCCAACUUUUGUCCAGCCUCACUAAGGAAAGAGAGCUGCAAGUGGAGCUAGAAGAACUAUUGGGCAUUCAAAAGUCACCCUCAAGACUCCUCAUCCUCAUCCAUUUGAAGGGUCUACUAGAGAACGAAGUGACAUGGAUGGCAGCCACAUUUCAUUGAGUUCUAGCUUGAGGACAAGCUGACAAUAUACGGGGGGAGCAUUGAUGACAUAGCAACAAUGUGAUACGCCAAGCACCAGCCCAAUAAGUGUAGGUGCUAACCUAACAACGAGAGGCCCAUUUAUGUCAUACCCAAUUGAGUAAAAAUAUUAGAAUUAAAGAUUGAUUGGGAGGUAAAAAUCGAUAUAUAAUUUCUGUAUCUCUUGUUCCCAAGAAGAGAAUUUAUGGCCCAUCAUUGAAGAGAAAUGAGAAAGAUGAGAGAGAAGAAGAAGAAGAGAUUGAAUAUAAUGAGUAUUCUUGAUGCCUUUCGACUUUGAUGUACACCUCCUUUUAUACUAGUAUGAUUCCCUAUUUUAGGAAAUCUCAAGGGCAUGCUUUCAUUGAUACAGAUCGAACACUUGAGCUAGCAAGAUAAUUAUAACCGUCUUGUAGUGAGCCCACUCAUAUAUCUAUUAAUGGGUUGUUGUUACUGGGCAUUGGUUGAUCCUUUAACACUCCCCUACAAGUGAAGUGUCGGAUAGGAUGUUGAACUUGGACCAUAGAAGGAAAAAUUGAUGUUUGAGAAGCACCUUGGUCAAAAGGUCAGCUGCCUAAUCACGACUGAGAAUAACACAAAUGCAGAGUUUCUGUGUAGUGACUUGCUCAUAGACAAAAUGAAAGUCAACUUCAAUAUGUUUCAUUCAUGCAUGAAACAUAGGGUUAAUAGAGAGAUAGGUGGCUCCAAUGUUGUCGCACCAAAGUAUAGGAGUGGUAGAGAUAUCUAGAGCUCGCAAAGAAGAGAAUUGGUUCAAAUUAAUUUCAAAGAAGCAUCAAUAAUCGCCUUAUACUAUGCUUAUGUACUAGAUCAAGCCAUUGUGAAUUACUUUUUGGAGCUCCAUGAGAAUAAUUAGAGCCAAAAUAGAUCAAAAAACCACCAGUUGAUCGACAAUCGAAGGUGUUUCUUGUUCAAUCAGCAUCACUAUAUGCGGUGAGAGAGAUCUGAGUGAUGUUUAAGAUAGAGGCCAUGGGCAAUUAUUCCCUUAAGAUAUUGAAGAAGAUGCUUGAGACAAGUCCAAUCAGUCAAUUGGGGGGAAUGCAUAGAUUGAUAGGCUUAAUUAACUACAAAGGGGAUAUCUGGUCGUGUCAAGCUUAGAUAUUGUAGUGCUCCAACCACACUACAAUAGACAGCAAGAACACCAUGUGAUUUUGUGGCUGAAAUAAGAGAAGCAGUGGGACUCGGAGUGGGCAAAGGCUUACAACAAUCCAUACACAAAUUCUUGAGAAUAGAGGCUAUGUAAUGACCUUGAGUGAGAAGGUAUUCGUCCUUGUAAGGCCGAAUUUCAAUUUUAAGAAAAUGAGAUGUAAGACCAGGAUCUCAGAGAGUGAAAUGAGAGCUGAGGGAUUUCACAAGAGUGUUAAUUUGAGCUGAGGAUGGCCCAAGGAUUAAAAUGUCAUCCACAUAGAUGAGAACAUAAAUUGGUCCAUAGUGUGUAAAAAAAAACGAGGUAUCAAUUUUUGAAUUGGUGAAGCCAAGUCUCCUGAGCUAACUAGUAAGCUUAUGGAACUAUUCUUGUGGUACUUGCUUAACACCAUACAGAGACUUCCGAAGUUGGGAGACAUGAUUAAGGAACCUAGGAUGCUUGAACCUUUAAGGCUGCUCCAUGUAGAUAAGUUCUUUCAAAUCGCCAUGAAGAAACGCAUUAGAUAUGUCCAGUUGAUGAAUAUGUCAUUAUUGACUGACUGCUAAUGAAAGUAGAAGCUGAAUUGUGGUGACCUUGACCACAAGACUAAAGGUUUCAUGAUAGUCAAUGCCCCCCUCUUGAUGAAAUCCAUUUGCCACUAAUUGAGCUUUGAAUCAGUCAAGUUUGCCAUUGGGUGAGAGUUUAGUUCUAUACACCUACUUACACCCAAUGAUCGAUCAAUUUGAUAACUAAGGCACAAGCCACCAUGUGUGAUUUUGAAAGGUAUUAUACUCUUCAUUCAUGACUUGGACCCAAUUGGAUUGUUGAGAAGUAAAAUAGUUUGGUGGUUCAAAUAAGGUCAAUGUGGUGGCUGAAAAGUAGUGAGAAAGAGGAUAUUUAACGGGUUCAAUAGAGUUGACUUGGUCAACAAAGUGAAGAAUGUCUAUAAGUGAUUUGAUUUGAAUAUGGAAAGGUAAAGAAUGAUGGUCUAAAUUAGAGGGAGACAAAGGAUUAGUGGAUAGAAUAUGACUAGGUGGUGAGAUAGGUAAAAGGUUGUCAUAAGGAGGUUGGUUGAUAUCACAAUGAGGUGAUGAUGGUAAAGGAGUGAGUAGCGAGUUAAGGUUAGAAACAAGAGAUAUGUGUGAGAGAAUGAAGGAGUUAAUGAUGUCAAGGACGGGUGUAGGUGUUGAGGGUUCAAUUAGGCAUGAGCCAAGAACACCACGAGCAAUUUGAGUAGGUGAAGAAUUGCGACCCUAAUUCUCUAUAUAAGGGUAAAAAAUUUUAGUGAAUACUACAUCCUGAGAGAUGUAAAUUCGACCACAUGUCAAGGAAAGACACCUAUAACUAUGAUGAAAGGCACUAUAAUCGAUGAAAACACACAUCUCUGACUCAAAAUCCAACUUGGUGACUACAUAAUGACGUAGAUAAGGAAUGAUGAGGAAUUUGUCAUUGAUCAAGAAUUAUGUCCCAUUGUUGGCUCUAAUACAAUGAAGAGAAAUGAAAAAGAUGAGAGAAGGAGAAGAAGAGACUAAAUACAAUAAGGAUUCUUGAUGCCUUUCAACUUUGAUGUACACCUCCUUUUAUAAGAGUCUAAUUUCUUAUUUUAGGAAAUCUCAGGGACAUGCUCUCAUCGGUAUAGAUUGAACAUCUGAACUAGCAAGAUGGUUAUAACUAUCUUGUAGUGAGCCCACUCGUACAUCUAUUAAUGGGCCGUUGUUACUGGGCAUUGGUUGAUCCUUUAACAAUUGUAUCCUCUUGUUCCAUCUAGGUCCCUCUCGCCGGUGACAUCGCAAAGCUCUGGUGGCUCUCUCUUAGACCCCUCUUACCCCUUGGAUCUCCCUUCUAACCUAUAUUUUCUUUGCUCCCUAUCUUUCUGUGAAAAAAUGUUUCAAUUUUUAGUGGAGUUCAUCAAUAUAUAAACCUUGGAGAGGGCAAAUGAAAGGUGUUUUUUUGUGUUCAAACAUAAGGUGGUGGCUAAGUGAUAGACAAUUGAGGCCUCAAGGUUGUCAGUAUGAUCUCUCCACCUUUUUCUCUCAUUUCUUAAUUCCUUAGACUCCUCAUUUUUCAGAUGAUGAUCAUCACUUAAUAGAUGACAUUUCAUUAAGUUUCUAAUGAGUUAUUCUUUUUUAUCCUUGACUUCUCAUGUCUUCAUGAUGACUCCAAGGUAAAUAAAAAAAAAUCUUUAUCAACACGUGUAAUUUUGUUUAGGGUUAUACUUUUUGUUGGAUACCUUACUUUCUUACAAAUCCAAUAAAUGUUUUAUCUCUUCUAAUGAUCAUAUUUUGAUGAUUUGGUGACAUAAUUAUCAAGCAUACUGUUAAAAUCAUUCUAUGGGUAACAAAUAAUAUAUGUAUCAAAUCGUGUAGUUUCUUUUAGAUUUAUGAUUUUCCUUGAAGAUCUUACUUCCUUACAAAUCAAAUGAAUAUUUUGUCUUGUCCAAAAAUCGUGUUUUAGUGAUUUGGUGAUAGAAUCAUCAUACACAUUAUCGAAAAUCAUUUUCUAGGUUGGGUUUCUUGGUUCGACCUUUCCUUGGAUCAAAUAUGAUUUCAUGAGUGCCACAUAGAAUUAGGCCAAUAUCUUUUGAGACAACAUAGCAUAUUAAUUUCUUAUCUUAUAUAAUUUUUUCACAAUUUUAGAAAGUGUUUAAAAUAAGUUUCUAGAUUUUAGAAAAAUCAUUUCCUAUAUUGUAUGUAUUUUCAACCCAACCUUAGAUCGAAAUUCGAUUUCAUGAGCACCACAUGAAAUGAGGUUAAUAUAUUUUGAGAAAAUGUAGCACAAUUAAUUUCUAUAUUUUCUGAGUUUUUCCUAACUUUUAGAGUUGGAUAAUGGUGUUUUCAACUUUCUAAUUUUCUUGAGGAUCAACCUAAAAUAUUUUUUAAUUAAAAAGAGUUUAUUUGGGUUUAGUUGUAAAUGUUAAGUUUGAGUGAUUAAAUUAGUAAUGACUUUAGGCACAUCAUGUACCCAUCACCUUAUUUCUGAUUUUAUUUUUUAUGACCACCUUCAUCUUUCUUUUUGCACAUUCAUCUUAACACUAACCUGCGAGUUAAUACGUAAGAUAUAUUUGAAGGCUCUAGAAGUACCUGAGUGAAAGGUGACUAUGGACCAAUAGUAAAUACUAUGAUCAUGUGCAAAAUAUUAGAGUUAACUCCUCAUCUGAAGGAUACUAAUAUUGUCACUUGUAAGUGGAUGUUUACAAACAAGUAUUCUUCAGAGGAUAAUAUUAUUCAUGACAAAGUUCAUCUAGUGGCUUGAUGCUUCUCUUAAGCAUAUGGCAUCAAUUAUCAAGAAAUAUUUUCUCUAGUUAUUCACCUCAACUCCAUCUGUGUAUUGUUCUCUUUGGCUCUCAAUCAAGGGUGGACACUCACACAACUUAACAUCUCCAACAUCUUUAUCUACAAAGACCUAACUGCAAGUUUUCAUAUAGUAACCUCUAAGGUAUGCUACUUAGGGGGAGUCAUCUUAGGUAUGCAUUCUCAAAUGGGCUAUUUUUAGACUCAAAUAGAGUCAUUAGGUAUGGUUUAUUAAGUUUGGUCAAAUCUUGAUAAUUCAUGAGUUCACGAGAUGCAUAGUGGGCCUUACUACCUUUUGUAAAUAAAUUGUUACUCGAAGUAUCAUUCUAGUAUUUUAUGUUAAUGACAUCCUUCUCACAUAGUUGGCAUUACACAUACCAAGGCUCAUCUACAUGAAUGCUUCAUCAUUAGAGAUGAGCAAAUCUUGCUAUUUCUUGAGGAUCAAGUUCACCUAUCAAUGUGGAUGAAUAAUUUUAUCUUAUAUAUAUGUGCUAAAUUUAUUAGAAGACGUCGAUAUCUUGGGAUGUAAACUUGAGUUAUCACCAAUUGAUUCAAGAAUUAAUUUCUAAGACACCACCUCCUCUCUUUGAGGAUGUCAAUCGAUAUCAACGAUUGAUCAAGAAGUUAAUCUACCUAGCAGUCACUUGCCCUAACAUUGUCUACACUGUGAGACUUUUCAACUAGUUUAUGCACAAGUCAUGACAACACACUAGUUAAGAUCAUUGAGAGUGUUAGCAUAUGUCAAACAUGCUCCAAGACAAGGUAUGGUAAAUCAGCAACAUAGAGAUCUCUAAGUUGAGGCUUACUCAAAUUCUAGUUAUGCAAUUGACAAGGGUGAUCAUAAAUCUACAUUUGAGUACUGCACAUACCUUGGAGGGAACCUUAUCACUUGGUAUAAUGAUGUGGAUACAUUCACUUCUUCAAGAGUUGUUCUUUCUAAUAUGUAAACCUAUACCUAUAUCACUUUGGUACAUUGAGGUGGAUUGUCAUGAACAUAGAGCUUUAAAUACAUUUGAGGUGGAUUGUCACUAUAUCUACGACAAAGUCCUCAAAGGACUCAUCACAACACCACAUGUUUGAGUGAAAUAUGUUACAAUACUCUCUGUAGCAAGUAAGGAAUUUUGGACAUCUACUUUCCAAUUUGGGAGGGAGUGUGAGUGGGCCAUAUGGGCUGUAUGGGCCUAAUGGACCUAUUGUACUCUCUUUCUCUCCCCCUACAUAUACAUAGGGUAGAAGACUCUUUUUCCUUAUUCUCUCUUUACAACUCACACUAAGCUUGAGCAUGACAUGUCUCAUAGAGACAUAAAAAAUGUAUAUAAUGAAAGUGCUUUAAAUAAUCAUAUAAUUAUAUCAAAAUAAUUUUAUAAAAUAUGUAAAACAUGAUUAUAUCUUUAGUACCAUUUUUUAAGGUUUCAACAUAUUAAGCACAAGUCAAUUUAGUUCACUAGUAUUGUUAUUGACAUCUAAUAAGAAGAUAUGUAAUUUUUUUUAUAGACUCAUUCAAGGAUGCAUGUUCAACUAAUUGAGAUGUUUGCCUUUCUACAAGCUGGCUGUAGUAGAUUAACUUUGGAGGGCAACUUGAUUUAGAGUCAAGAAGAAGUUGAUCUCUUGACACGUUGACUAUCUAUUAGUUGGGGAAGCUUUGCUUCAACAAGCAUGUAGAACAAGUAUGUAGAACCUUCUCCACAAGGCUUUAAAUAGGUUCAUGAGCCACUACAUCCAAGGACCCCAUAUCAAUGUGCAUCAUAGUAUGUGUUGGCAAAUUUAUGUCUCAACUCUCAUUCACAAAAAACACCAAUGAUUUUAACUAUUACACUCCUCACCUAACUACUAGUUCUAGAGGGAACUUCCCUCUAGUAUUUAUUAAUUUCCUUAGAAAUUACAUACUAAUUUCAUAAUAUCAACCAUUUAAACUUAGUCUCAUUAUAGACUUAGCCUUUCUUAGACAAAAUAUGGCUACAAGCACCUUGUGCAUUCACCCAAAUCUCUCCCAUCUCAUCAUCUAAUUAGCUUAGGGCCUGAUGGAGAGUUAGAAUCAUGAAGUUGAUCAUUUUGUCAAAAUUAGUUGGAGAAGAUGGUAUAGUGUUUUUGCAUAUCAUUGAUGUGUACAACUAGAAGAACUUGAUUUUUUAACUUGAAUCUUCAUGUACACCACUUAUUUUCAAUGCAAAAAUAUUCUCUCAUAAGUGAACCUUCAUCUUUUAACAGAUUUAUGAUCUUACUAGAUCUCCAACAUUCAAAAACCUUAUUCAAAAACUUGUAAUUUUUCAAUAUACACAAUAACAGCAUUUGAAGCUUCCAAUGUUUUAAUAUCCUUAUUUCUUCCUCCUUUUUUUUCCAAUUUGAAGUAGGGUUUCCUAACUUGAUCAAAAAUAGUUGUAUGGGCAGGUUAGAUCCAAAUCAAUAAGUUUACUAAGACUUUUUACCCAUCUAAGUAGCUAAUGUAUCACUAUCGACAUACUUUGUCCAAAACCUGAAUAUCUCUUUCAUUUUCCAACUUUCUUGAUGAUUUAAUCUAUUUGAAAUCUUAAAGAACUUUUCUAUCAUCAUUUGGAGAUGAUAAACGUUAUAUAAUAUGGUUAGAGAAAAUAUAUAAUCAAAGAUAAGAUAAUUUACAUGAUUUACUUGUACCAUUUAACCAUAUACUUAUCAUUUCAUUGAAAGAUGAUUCUUCAACUAAUUUUCUCAUAUGUUUUAGUAUUCUUCAAUUAAAAAAGUCACUUAAUAUCUAGGAUUAACACCUUAGAUUUUAUCAUUAGUAGUAAGUUCAUAAGAUCAAUAAAUAUAAUUUAAAUAAUAAUCAUGAUGAAUAUAUUGCAUAUUUGAUAUAUAUAUUUAUGAGAUAUAUAAAUAACCAUCAACAUUUAAUAAUCACCUUAUCAAUAAAAUUUUCACAUAUAAUUAUCAAAACCAAGAACAUCCAUAAUCUCCUCCUUCUGUAUACUUAUAGAAUCACUAAAAAAAUUAUUCAAAUAUAUAAUAUUGAUGUAGCAUCAUAAAGAUCAAAUAUUCAUUGAACUUCAAACAAAAACUACAAUACUUCAUUUACAUAUAAAAGUGUCAACAUUCAUCAUUUAUUAUAGUCAGCAUUCAAAAUUUGAGUCAUGAGUUCCCCUUUAAUGAGUGCUCCCCCUAAAUCUGUUCACUCAAUCAAUUUUAUGAUAUUCAAAUAUUUUUGUUGUCAUAAGUUUUGUCUUUCUAUAGCUUAUGUUCUAAGUUUAAAUCUUACACCUAACUUUAUGUGCUUUGAUUUUUUAGAUUUUUUUUCUUAUUAAAACUUUUGACUUCAUGUCACUCAAGUCAUGUGUUUGAAUUCCACAUGUGACUUUGCAUUUUUGGACUUUAUAUAAAACUUCGUGACGUAUGUGGACACAUUUUUUUGUACUUACCUCCAAACAAUAUGAUAUUGUAUCAUAUUAAACAUGAAAAAUAUCUUAAAGAUAUAACUUCUUAUAUUCAUUUUUAGCCAUAAAAUUAUUUAAGCAUAGUUAAUAUAUCUCAAUAAUAUUAUACUUGUAAUGUAAGUAUCAUGUGAUCGAUUUACGAUUCAAUAGAUACUAUGUAAAUAAUUUGCAAAUAAAUUUUCACUUAGAAGUUUCAAAACUGAGGGCAGCAACAUUUACAAGAUAAUUGAUCAAAUUAUUUCAAUAUAAAGUUCUAUUAGUGACGUAGUUUUAUAUGUGAAGAUGAUUCAAACAAAUGUUUCUAUUAAUUGUCUCCUAGAAAUCAAUACAAAUUGUAAUUGUCAUUCUUUGAUAAAGUAAGAUUAAAAAGAGAGGCCUUUUAGGAAUAACUUUGUGAAGCAUCCCCUCUCACCACUUGCCUACAAAUAGAGAUUCCCAAGGGAUGUCCCAAACUAUUAAGAGAUUCUUUAGAGCAUGGAUAUAUCAAUGACCAUCAUGAUAUAGAUGCAUCCUGACCAUACAAUCUUUCAAUUGAUCAUUAAUACCAUAUUUUGCUCACCAUGUUACUAACUAUCUCAUACAUGUAUCUUUGAAAUAUAAUUAUGAUGCAUGUGAUCAAAUUAGAAUCUUCCAAAUCUUAGCCAUCUUUGCAAUUUUAUGGGGAGAAAUAAAAGAUGACAUAUUCCUCUAAUCCUUUGAUGGAUUGAUCAUAGUCUUAUCAUCGAUUGACAACUAGAUAUUCAUACUAACAUGAACAAAGCUUCUACUUCUACCUUAUUCUCCAUUUGUCUUCAAUUAAUGCAGAAAUCCUUUAAAUCGUUGAUGAUUCUAGGGCCUAGCCUAGUUCAUGUCCCUAAAAAAUCAAAUGAAAUGGCUCAAGUGUAGCAAUACAUGUGACUUUUGGGUAGAUAAAUUUUGAUAUUAAUAGAAUGGUUGACUUAAGAAAAUAAAAGCAUAUUAUUAAGCUAUCAAAAUGUUUCAUAAUGAGAAAAACCUAUAAUAUGUGAAAAAAAUGUGACUAAUCUCUACAAGUAAGCCUUAUGAUGUUUGGGUCUAGAGUUUAAACUCCUUUUCAAUGUAAGAAAUCAUACCUUAUGUGGAAAUUGCCACACAAAAAAAUGUCAAAUUAGUUGCGUUAUAAUUCAAAAGAAAAACUAGUCAUUAAAGAGAAGAAAAUAGUAGAUUCUAUGGCCCAUUGAUCGAACAAUUUUGUAAUACAAAAUUUCAGGUCAAAUUAAUGCAACAUGCACAUUAUAACACAUACUAAUAGGUCUCAAAAUUUUCAUUUUGUGGUUUGUUUUCAUGAUAACAAUUUAAAACCUUGGAUUUAAGGAUAAGAUGCAUUUUGAUGGUGUGCACGUUUUAUGUGGUAGAUAACAGACUAUUUACUGGAAUUAUGAAGAGCAUGCGUGAGCGAGAGAGAGAGAGAGAGAGAGAGAGAGAAGCCUGGCCACUCACUCGACGCCGACGAUAACGCUGCAUGGAAAGAUUGGAGAAUCAAAACAGGACAAAAGUAAAAGAUUCUUAUCAACGGUGGCCCACCGAUGAAAUAAAAAACAACUUCUCCAUCAUGUACCAUUAGACAAGAAAAGUCGCAUCACCACGCAGUCAUAGACUUUUGCGGAGGACGAGGGUUUCGGUAAGGCACGUGGCCGAAUCGGGUUACGUGUCAUCAGAAUUCGCUGUGACGUUGACCUCACAUGUGGGUACGGUCGUAGCAUGUGGGGCCUCCAGCAAUUCAGAGGUAGCAACGGUCGGGCCGGUCGGGCUCGGCUCGGUCGGGACCGUUGGGUCCGUCGGGCUCGGAGCUGACGACUCGCGGCCUGGGAAGGCUCCGUUGGCUUGUACCAGGGAUGUCGUCCUCGUGAAAGAGAGGACGAGCGACGGGCUUUUGGAGGAUUUUUUUGUCACUGUUCAUUGAAUACUGAAAAGGUGGGGAUCCACCCUCUGUCUCUUUCACCCCUUCCCUCUUUCCUGAUCCUCCGGGUCUCGUGUGGUUGGUUGGUUGAUCCUUUCCCCCUCUGCAAGCAGAAGACCAUGAAAUAAGGGGGUCGGGAUAGGUGACCAUGUCGGGAACUUGGGGUUGGGGAGUGAGAGGGUGUGAAGGCCUGGGAAAGAGGACAUCUGUGGUCGUGCCUGGUUUCCCGUCUGCCUCUUCUUUUUCGGCUGUGGGUUUCCAGAGUUCCUGUGGUUCUGGUUAGAGUCAUACUCGUUCUGGUGUAGGUCUUUACAGAUUCAGUGAGAUUUUCGGGUUUUCUGCGUAAUUCGAUUCCUGCCGGUCUCCGAGUUAUUCCAAUUUUUUUAUUAAGAUUCGACUUUAUUUUGUGCGACAGGCGUUCUUCUGUUUGAAUCUGCCAUGGAUGGCUCCGUAAGUCCCGUCCUGGAUUCUUGGGACAUAAGAUGGUUGCUCUCACUUCCAUUUUUCAUCCUCGAAUCAGUUCUUACUGGGAAGAUAUUAGAAUUCGGUGAUUUUAAGCUUUCAUUAUUUAUCUACUGUUUCCUGUCUUAGAAUUGCCUUCCGGGAUUUCAUGACUACUUGCUGAUUUGGUGGGUUGUCGCUUUUUCGCGUCCUUUAAGUUGGAUGUCAGGAGAGAGACUCUGUUCUCAGUAGUCAGGGCCAGUGCAGGUCUUUUUUAUUGCAAAGAACAGAAGCUGCUUAGGCAGUGUUUCUAUCCUUGCUAUGAAUAAUUUUACUAAACCAGUGUUACUAUUUUUUCAGAAUCAAUGAGUGGUGAUUCAGGAGGAAGAAUUUGAAGGAGGAAACAGUUCCUUAUAUACGAAGAGAGGGAAAGAGAGAGAGAGAGAGAGUAGGGCAGGUGGAAUAAAAAUUCAAGUGACCUCGAUAAUCAGAGAUGGGUAACGACUUGAUCCAGUGGUACUGUAGGCCUGUUGAGGAUGGAUUGUGGAGCAGAGUACAGAAUGCUUUCGGAGCCUACACACCCUGUGCCAUGGAGUCAGUGGUCAUCUGUAUCUCAUACUUGGUGGUGGCCGUCUUGUGCUGCUACCGUAUUUGGCUCAUCAAGAAGGACCUCAACGCCAAAAGAUACUCUCUGAGAUCACACUAUUACAACUACAUGUUGGAGGCUCUUGCUGUCUAUUGUGGUGUAGAGUCUCUGUUCCGACUAAUCGUGGGAAUAUCAAUUGUGGAUAUGGAUGGCCAGUCUACUCUUGCCCCUUUUGAGGUUUGCUGAGUCUUUGAUAUAUGUUAUCUAAUUUUAUAUUUUUAUUCGUUGUCAAAUUUGAAAGUUGACCUGGUUAAUCCUGUGUUAAUGAUUUCUUAUUCCCCUCAGACUUUUGCUUUUUCCCAAUUUUUUCCCGGAUUCAUUGUUGGUAAGCAAAUUCAAGAGUGGACGGUAUUUUUACCCUGCAUAAUCUAUUUUUAUACGUUUUGUUUUUUGCAGAUUGUCUCUUUAACAGUAAAUGUUAUUGCGUGGUGUUCUCUGCUGAUUAUGCUCCUUGUAGAAACGAAAAUCUACAUUUAUGAGUUGCGUUGGUAUGUCCGAUUCGGUGUUAUCUAUGCUCUGGUGGGUGAAUGUGCAAUGUUCAGUCUUCUUUUCUCUGUCAGGGAGUAUUUCAUCAGGUAACUAGUCCUCUUAUGUGCAAUUGGCUCUUUACUUCUAUUCAUCAAUGUCGUGAACUUCAAUAUGAUUUUAGGAAUCCCUUUUCGUUCACUGAAUAA